GACUUCAAUGCCCGUUGUUUUGUUGCGUUAAGUGCCACAUAAUCUCCCAACCUUGGAGCUGAUGGAUUCGUUGUAAUUUUGCAAGACGAUUUACAAAAUGAAACCUCACAUUUAAAAUUCCACAGGCAGACUUUGAACGCGCACUCUUCAUUUGCUCCUCCUGGUCUUUUUUUAAAGGAUGAGAGGAAAGGUUUCUGCAGGAGAUGCUGGUGUGAAUGGGCUGACCCCCUGAUCGCAGGUAUUGUGGCUGGAGGAGGGCGCAAAGACCGCAGAGAGCAGAGAAGAUACCAACUGUUCUGGGCUGUUUUGGUGUUUAAAUCCACUUACUGUGAACAUCAGCUAGGUCAGCAUUAGUGGAAGUAUGUGCAUGGUGUAGGAGCCCUGCAGUUUCUUUUUUGUGUGUGUGUGUGUGUGUGUGGUGAUUUCAUCCAUCUGCAGCAUCGUGAGCGUCGGUGCGCCUCUCCGACCCACAGUCGCGUCCUCUCUGCCGGAUCAUGUGGAUUAUUUUGGCGUUUAUCCUGGCAGUGGCAGGCCCAGGUGAGAGCUGGGGAUGUCAGCUGCCCCACGACUGGAGACCACAGACAGAAGCGUGCCGUGCCGAGCUGGCGCAGAUCAUAGUGUUUGCCAAAGUGCUGGCACUGCACAAGGAGUCUUACAGUGUGUAUAACUACCUGCCCUGGCAGUACGACACAGACCUUUUCUUCUCCGCCGAGAUUGAGCUGCUGUGCGACCAGGCGUGGGGCAGCAUGCUGGAGGUCCCCGCUGGAUCCAGGUUUAAUGUCACCGGCCUGGGUUACUUCCCCUGCUUCUCCUACAGUGUCACCAAAAACAACAACUACUACUUCUUCCUAAGGAUGGAUGAGAACUAUAAUAUUGUCCCUCAUGGAGUGAACUUCCAGGACCCUAUCUUCCCCGACACUGCAGAGAUCCACCGCACGUUUUCCAGCCUUUUCCAGUUUUCGAACUGCACGCCCGGAACUCAAGUCCACAGCUAUACCCCAGAGUGGGAGGCUCAGGAGGACAGCCGGUUGUUGUGCUCGGCAGUGCAGAAGGCUCUGUUUGAGGAGGAGGAGAGGGUUAGGACUCUCUCCCAGCAAGUGCGUUCCUUGGAGAAAGCCAAUGACCACCUGAGGGAAAAGGUGAAGAACAUGAAACGUCAGCUACGCCAAGCCCAACGAGAAACAACGAAGCAGCAACAGACCCUCAGCCUCAAACAGCUAUACGAGCCAAAGACGCCCCAAAUUCACCCUGAUCAGGACACUACCCAGGACCGGAAGAACCCACCACUUAAAAAGGUCCUCUCCAAGAGGCUAAAAAAAUAGUUUUCUUUUUUUUGUUGUUGUUGUAUGUAAACCAAGCAUUGCUCCCUAUGAAGCAUCAAGGACAAGGCAAACUGGGGCAAAAGACUCCAAUAGCACCAACAAUGGACAGUUUAGAGUAACAUGAUGAACUUUAACUGUCAUUUCAAUACAUUUUUCUGUGUAUUCAGCCUAAUUAAUAUGCCUAUUUCUAAAGGAACAUAAGACAAAGGUUCACCCAAAUUUGGCCAUUUUGCAACAAAACACUGUUGUUUUAGCUAGUUGAAAAAUUGACCUGUGCCUUUGAGACUGUCAACUACAAAGAGACCAUUGAUGCCUAUUCACAUCCUUAGCCGUAUACCUGUGUGUGU